AUGGAGCCAGUCGGACUCGCAGUUGGCCUUGUCGGCCUCUUCAGCACCUGCAUGGACGUUAUGCAGCGGAUUGACUCGUACAGAACGGCUGGUCGAGACUCAAGGCAGCUUGACGCUCAACUGAAUGCGACUAUGCAUCUCUUAGAAAAAUGGGGUGACGGUGUUGGUAUUAGCAAGGGGAAGCUCUCAGACAAUCAUCACCCAGAUCUCGAUAACCCGCGCACGUUUGCUGUGGUCCAGGGUCUACUAAACAGCAUCAAGGAUUUCUCGGCAACGUCGGAUGAACCCCCGAGCCCCAGGGGCCUUCAGAAGACUCCAUCAUUUCCAUCAUCGGGAGACUUAUCUUCGCAUGGAUCUAAAAUUUCAAGGUGGCAGAAGACAUCGUGGGCGCUGCGUGGGAAGCUGAAGCAGACAACCCAUGUUCAAGCACUUGCAAGUCUCGUAUCAGAUCUCUACAGCGUUGUUUCCCCCGAUACUACGGGCUCGAAAGCCUUGACGCGAACUCCAAGCUUCAAGGAUCUAUCGAUAAGCGCAGACGAGCAACCAUAUGCUGUCGAGAUUCGGGAGCUACUGCAGAAGAUUGAGGAGGAGAUGGAAGGCAAGCUAACGUCUAUAGCUGAUAAAAUACGUGAUUUGCACUUAUGGCUUGGAGCCCCGCCGCCAAAUGACGUGUUCAGCGAUUCUAACGAUAAGCGUAUUCAAAAAACAUGUGAAUGGAUUCUCCAUCGCGAUGAGUUCCUAGAGUGGCAGAAACCCUCUUCCUCAAGCAAAUUGAUCUGGAUCAAAGGCCCAGCUGGGUUUGGGAAAACGGUCCUUUGCGCCAGAAUCGUUCAAGAGCUCGAAAGAACAGCACAGGAGCCCGUCGCGUACUUCUUCUUAUCAUCGAGAUAUGAUGGCCGCGACGAUCCUUUCUCAGCCAUCAGAGCAUGGCUGACUAUGAUGAUACAACGUAGCCCGGCAGCUCGAGAUAUCGUGACGAAGACCCGGCUAUCACAGCAUGAGCCACUAGCGAGUCAGGCAACCAUACUACGAGCUUUCCGCGAACUUAUCGUGGGUGUUCCAGGUUGUAUUCUUGUUCUGGACGGGUUGGAUGAAUGCACCGGGAUGACCAAUACAGACACAAAGUCCGUCCCUCAUUUCCUUCAGGAAUUGCGAAUAGCUAUCACCAAUACUACAACCAAAAUCCUCAUCUCAAGCCGUGGUGACCCUGUCAUACAGCAAGGCAUUUCUGAUUUCACUGGAUACAGCGAAUACGCCAUCAUUCCAGAUGACGUUGGGCCAGAUCUAAUGGCAUACUCAUCUGAACUUGUCAAAGCAAAGUUACCAAACAAGGACGAACCAACAAGAGCCUCUAUUGCACAAAAGAUGACAAACAGAAGCGAGGGUCAGUUCCAGUGGGUUAAACUUCAAGAAGGAUCUCUGAGAAAGGGGCGGAGCAGAAAGCAACUCGAACGAGAGAUUGAUGAGACUCCAUCGGGACUUGACAGCCUCUACGACCGAGAAUGGAACAGAAUCAAUGCAAUGGGAGACUCUGAUAGAGAAAGGGCUUUAUCUCUACUACGUUGGACUGCGUUUGCACUGCGGCCUUUGACAGUUCAUGAGAUUACGGAAGCCGUACUCCUGACAGAAGGCAUGGACGAGUUGCCCGUGGACGAAAUGCCAGAUUGCGUUGACCAGGAUUAUGUCGACAGUAUGAUCCUAGAGCUAUGUGGAUCACUGAUUGAGGUCCGGCAUGUGUCAUCCUCAGAGAGCAUCAAGCACCCCGAGUGCAUUCAACAAUCAGAAGAGGAUUCUGUUGGCUUCCAAGAAGUUCACUUGUCACAUUUCUCUGUUAAGGAAUACCUCCUCCUCAAAACCUUUCCCGGCACUGGCACUUUGCUCUGCAAUGAGAAGCUCCGCGUCACCAACGGAACUAUCCACAAUACCACUCUCGCGAAACAUUGUCUUCGUUUCAUAAGCUUUCCUGGAGCUUGGGAAAGCUUAAAGAUGAGCGAUAAUAAAAGACCAACAAUGCACUUCAUGCCCUAUGCUGCUGAUUCCUGGUAUCAGCAUUGCCGAGAUGUCAAAACUAUUGAUCCGGACCUACAACAGGCAAUCAAUGCUUUACUCGAUACUCGGAAUCAGAACUGGCCCUUUGUGAGAGAGUUCGUGGCGACCAAGGUCUUCGGCGAUGACACUGAUGUUCAAGAAAGGUCA